UGUGUCGCAUUCUCACACAAAAGUCGUUUUUUGAGCAUUUUUGUGAGUUUUAGUCCGGAAAAUACGCUCAAAUAUUGAAAUUUAGCGUUUAAGACAGAGCCCAAGCUUGUUUUUGUUCAAAGCUGUCGCCAAAAAAGCCCCAAAACCCCGAAAAAUGGCUGAAACCGAGAUUUUGGAAGCCGAAACCGAGGAAAUUUCAAACUUGUGUUCGACUUGCCUGCGAAAAUCCCACGAAUUUUACGAGUUGAAGCCACUGGAGUCGAAUUUUCUGCUGAAAGUGCACGAAAAAGCCUUUCAUGUGUGUCAUUUGUGCAAGUUGGCUCUCGAUUUUGUCGCCAAAUUCGAGCGUUUAUGCGAGUUUUCGCGUCAAACAGUGGAGAAAUAUGACGCCAUCGAGAUUCAAACGGACUUUUAUUCGGAAGAUCCGAAAGUUGAACGAGCUCUUGAGGCGUUAUGCGACUGGGCAAGGGGUCUGUUGGAGGAAAAUGAGCGCGUUUACGAACUGGAACCCAUGAAAACGGAAGUUUUGGUCGAGGAAUAUCUCGCGGAGGAGUCUGAGGAGUACGAAGAGGCAGUAAAUGAGGAAAUUUUGGUCGAAUCUCCCGCCGAAAUCAAAGUCGAGAAGCGAAAAACGUUCGAUUGUGACUUUUGCGAGGAGAAAUUCGGCACCAAGAGGGAAAUGGAGAAACAUGAGGGCGCCGAACAUGGUUUUCAGAAGCCAAAGAAGGAGCUGGAAUGCACGGAGAGCGAUUGUAACUUCAAAGCGGCGUCUCAGUUGAAGCUAAAUCGUCAUUUGCAGGCGGCGCACAACGUCGUCGUGAAGAAAGCUUUUUGUUGUGACGUCUGUGGACAAGUUUACCCAUCGAAAUGUCGCUUGCAGUAUCACAUGAACUGCCAUCUGAACAUCUCGCCGUUCCUUUGUGACUUUGAGGGAUGCACCCGAGCCUUCCGGAACCCCACGCGACUCCGAAAUCACAAACAAGAGUUCCAUUUGCAGGUAAUUCGGUGUCACUGCGCCAUUUGUGGCAAAGGAUUUCGCACCAAAGCCAGUCACGAUUUGCAUAUUUUGGGACAUGACAAGCCCACGAUCCCCUGUGAGGUUUGUGGGAAGUUGUUGACGAACCGGAAAACUCUUAGAACGCAUUUGAUGACACACACGGGCGAAAGAAGGUACAAAUGCGAGAUUCCGGGAUGUAAUAAGGCCUUUACGAAAUGCAGCGGAUUGCAAGUUCAUAUGCGGAGUCAUACGAAGGAGAGACCCUAUAAAUGCCCGCAUUGCUCGUUGACGUUCACGUACAAGGUUUCGAUGAAGAAACACAUGUUGAAGUAUCACGAUGUGCCAUGGGAGACGUCAUCCUAUGUGAGACCAGAGACGCAAAAGAACAAAGAAAAUACAAAAAUGACGAGUUUGGUUGAGAUUCAAGCGACGUGACAUGGGGAGAAAAUUAUGAAAAAAAAAUAGUUUAAAAAUUUUAAGUUUUGGAAAAAUAUUAGAAUAAAAUUAUCUUUUCGACUUAGAAAUGUGAAUAAAAAUAUAAA